UCAUAAUUUCCGCUUAUCAUGCUUAGAACAAGAUCUUCAACUUGUAUCUUUACCUACUUCGGUUCAUCAUCUGAAACAUAAUUAUGACAGUUUUUGCUCCGUGCCGAAAUCUUCUAGAAAUUAACGUUGACAUAAUACAAACGAUGAUGUUUUCGGUAUUUGUGACUACAUUCCUUCUUGGAUGCACUGUGUCUAUUUGUUGCGCUUGGCUUCUACGCCGUCCGAAAAAUUUACCCCCUGGUCCUUGGUCCCUGCCCAUCAUCGGGUACAGAGCUGGAUCUGGUCUAAUUCAUGAGUGCUACGCCAGCCUAGCCCAACGAUACGGACCAAUCUUUAGCUUUAGGAGGGGUCCAUUUCUUGUGGUGGUGUUGAAUAACAGGGACGUCAUUCAACAGGCCCUUGUUAAGAACGCGGAUGUAUUUUCCGAUCGCUUCACACCUAAACAUGUCAAAUUGGGAAUACCAGCUUCAAAUCCAAAUGCAUCCGUAGUGUGGAGCAGCGGCAAACCGUGGGGCGAUCUCAGGAAAUUCGGUCUGACCGCUCUCCGGGCUUUCGGCAUGGGAAAGAAAAGCAUUGAACCACACAUCAACUUAGAAGUACGAUACCUCUGCGAAGAGAUAGAGAAACUCCGAGGUCAUCCAACCAAUCUUCUCACUAUGCUGAACAAUACAACGGCCAACGUCAUUUGCAGAAUUGUCUUCGGACGUCGAUUCGAAUACGAUGACGAGGAAUUUCAGGGAAUCCUGCGUGGAUUCUUUGAGAACUUUUCUACCAUUUCGGGUUCUGAUUUGGUCAAUGUGUUUUCUUUUCUAUUGUAUAUGCCUUGGUACAAAGACUUUCGUCGUAACCUCUCUCAGUCGAAAUCAUUCAUCAUGGCUCAGCUGAAACUCCAUACAAGCUCAUUCGAAAAGGACAACAUUCGUGAUAUCAUUGAUGCAUACCUGGCUGAUGAAGGCAUAUCCAAGGACUUUACCGUCGAAGAAUUUUGUCGCGUCGUCCUCGAUUUCUUUGCGGCUGGAACUGAGACGACGUCUACCGCUCUUUCUUGGGCUAUACUUUACCUGUGCCUCUAUCCUGAUGUGCAGACAAAAGUACAGUCUGAGCUGGAUACCGUUGUUGGGCGUGGUCGUCAACCAGCCAUCAGUGACCGAGCUCGUCUUCCAUACUGCGAGGCAGCCUUGAUGGAGUCGAUGCGAAUCCGACCUGUCUUACCCUUGUCGCUGCCACACACGACUUCCAGGAGUGUCUCCCUAGGAGGAUUCACUAUCCCUCAAGGAACGACCAUCAUCCCGAAUAUUUGGGCCGCCCAUCAUGACCCGGAAGUCUGGGAUGACCCCGACGACUUCCGUCCUGAGCGGUUCCUGGAGAACCAUGACAGUCCGACGGUGAAGAAGAAUGAUUCGUGGAUUCCGUUUGGUCUAGGUCGUCGAGAGUGUCUGGGGGCUCAGCUAGCCAAGAUGGAGUCCUUUCUACUGUUCACCAAUCUCUUUCAGAGAUUUGAAUUCAAACUUCCUCCUGACCAAUCAACUCACAGUAAACGAGGCAUCAGUGGAUUAACUAUGCCACCAGAACCCUACGAAGUAUGUGCGAUCGAGAGAUAAAGAAUCGAAUCCGAUCUUCAUCUUGACCCCUUUUAAAAACAGCUCUUAGCGGACAAGGGCAAUCCAUCUCAUGAGUGGUGGAUAGAUAAAUCAAAUCAAAUCAAAUCAAUUAAUAAUGCCUUCUCAUAAGUGAAGCUUGAUCGUCAAUUAUGUUCAUUUGAAGAAGUUUGACAUUACUGUUUUUUCAAAACCUAUAUAUUAACUGAUCAUGUUAAUUGACCUAAUUAUUGACCAUGAUGAUUAACCAUUGCAUUCUAUUAAUUACCAACCAAAAUGGAUUGUCUUUUUUGUUGUUUUCUAUUUCUUAUACUCUUUUUUGUGUGUCAUCCUACAAUCUUUUAAAUAUACAUGUAUAUAUUUACGAAUUUUGACCUAUACUUGCAACUAUAUAAAAUGUACCAUAUAGUUAUAUCGUGGACUUAUAUUCAAAUGUUUUCAUUGAUCUGCCGAAACUGUUUAAGCCCCUCUGCACUAGUUUGGCCAGGAGUGAUUAGACCUCCCUGCAUGGUCACCAACAGGUGGUUAUCUCAUCAUAAUCAGCUCUCAAUUAACAUAAU